AAUCAGUGUGACCCCCAGCGGAAGUAAACAACAGCGCUGCCCGUAGCGUUAGCUGCAUGCUGCUGUUGACUGAGCUGAAGACGGUAUUGUAGCCGUAGAGCAGAUGGUUCUUUCAGCUGGAACUAAGCAACAAUGUCUUCAGUUGAGUGUUUGAGAGAGUUUGUCACCGAGCGGCUAACUGCUGCUGCUGAAGAAAUAUUCCGAGUUGUUGAAAAAACUAUCGUCGAGUACGAGGAAGAGAUCGCUCGGCAGCGCAGACUGUUGGAUGUCGUUUGGAAACCAGAAAUCAAGUUACACAGGAUAGAACUCCCACAGCAACAUGUCUGUAAUGAGGAGGAGGUUCUCUCUGACCAGCAGCUCUGUAUUCAGGAGAGGAACUCCAGUCUGGACCAAGAGGACCCAGAGCCUCCACAGAUUAAAGAGGAACAGGAGGAACUGUGCCCCAGUCAGGAGGGAGAGCAGCUUGUACUGAAGCAGGAGACUGAUACCUUUAUGUUGACUCCUACUUAUGAGGAAAGUGACCACAGUGAAGGUCAGACUCUGAACUUCAAUCCUGAUGAUGACUCUCUAAGUGCAGCAGAGAAAGAGUCUGUAGCCAACAUGCCAGUUAUAACCUCUGUGGUAUCAGAAGCAAACAGUGACCACCAGCUCCUCUCUCACAACUCUCAUGAAGCUGAGAGCCAAGAUCAGAAAGGAGGCAAGCAUGGAGACUCAGGAUCAACUAGAAAUGCAGAGCCAGAACCAAAGAAGAGACGACGCAAGAGCAGAAGUCACAGCAACAACGUAGACAACACUAACGUGUCAGAGAUUCACCCUAAUACUCAAACAGAGCUCCCACAGCAACAUGUCUGUAAGGAGGAGGUGGUUCUCUCUGACCAGCAGCUCUGUAUUCAGGAGAGGAACUCCAGUCUGGACCAAGAGGACCCAGAGCCUCCACAGAUUAAAGAGGAACAGGAGGAACUGUGCACCAGUCAGGAGGGAGAGCAGCUUGUACUGAAGCAGGAGACUGAUACCUUUAUGUUGACUCCUACUUAUGAGGAAAGUGACCACAGUGAAGGUCAGACUCUGAACUUCAAUCCUGAUGAUGACUCUCUAAGUGCAGCAGAGAAAGAGUCUGUAGCCAACAUGCCAGUUAUAACCUCUGUGGUAUCAGAAGCAAACAGUGACCACCAGCUCCUCUCUCACAACUCUCAUGAAGCUGAGAGCCAAGAUCAGAAAGGAGGCAAGCAUGGAGACUCAGAAUCAACUAGAAAUGCAGAGCCAGAACCAAAGAAGAGACGACGCAAGAGCAGAAGUCACAGCAACAACGUAGACAACACUAACGUGUCAGAGAUUCACCCUAAUACUCAAACAGAGCUCCCACAGCAACAUGUCUGUAAGGAGGAGGAGGUUCUCUCUGACCAGCAGCUCUGUAUUCAGGAGAAGAACUCCAGUCUGGACCAAGAGGACCCAGAGCCUCCACAGAUUAAAGAGGAACAGGAGGAACUGUGCACCAGUCAGGAGGGAGAGCAGCUUGUACUGAAGCAGGAGACUGAUACCUUUAUGUUGACUCCUACUUAUGAGGAAAGUGACCACAGUGAAGGUCAGACUCUGAACUUCAAUCCUGAUGAUGACUCUCUAAGUGCAGCAGAGAAAGAGUCUGUAGCCAACAUGCCAGUUAUAACCUCUGUGGAAUCAGAAGCAAGCAGUGACCACCAGCUCCUCUCUCACAACUCUCAUGAAGCUGAGAGCCAAGAUCAGAAAGGAGACAAGCAUGGAGACUCAGGAUCAACUAGAAAUGCAGAGCCAGAACCAAAGAAGAGACAACGCAAGAGCAGAAGUCACAGCAACAACGUAGACAACACUAACGUGUCAGAGAUUCACCCUAAUACUCAAACAGAGCUCCCACAGCAACAUGUCUGUAAGGAGGAGGAGGUUCUCUCUGACCAGCAGCUCUGUAUUCAGGAGAGGAACUCCAGUCUGGACCAAGAGGACCCAGAGCCUCCACAGAUUAAAGAGGAACAGGAGGAACUGUGCCCCAGUCAGGAGGGAGAGCAGCUUGUACUGAAGCAGGAGACUGAUACCUUUAUGUUGACUCCUACUUAUGAUGACUCUCUAAGUGCAGCAGAGAAAGAGUCUGUAGCCAACAUGCCAGUUAUAACCUCUGUGGUAUCAGAAGCAAACAGUGACCACCAGCUCCUCUCUCACAACUCUCAUGAAGCUGAGAGCCAAGAUCAGAAAGGAGGCAAGCAUGGAGACUCAGGAUCAACUAGAAAUGCAGAGCCAGAACCAAAGAAGAGACGACGCAAGAGCAGAAGUCACAGCAACAACGUAGACAACACUAACGUGUCAGAGAUUCACCCUAAUACUCAAACAGAGCUCCCACAGCAACAUGUCUGUAAGGAGGAGGAGGUUCUCUCUGACCAGCAGGUCUGUAUUCAGGAGAGGAACUCCAGUCUGGACCAAGAGGACCCAGAGCCUCCACAGAUUAAAGAGGAACAGGAGGAACUGUGCCCCAGUCAGGAGGGAGAGCAGCUUGUACUGAAGCAGGAGACUGAUACCUUUAUGUUGACUCCUACUUAUGAGGAAAGUGUCCACAGUGAAGGUCAGACUCUGGACUUCAAUCCUGAUGAUGACUCUCUAAGUGCAGCAGAGAACGAGUCUGUAGCCAACAUGCCAGUUAUAACCUCUGUGGUAUCAGAAGCAAACAGUGACCACCAGCUCCUCUCUCACAACUCUCAUGAAGCUGAGAGCCAAGAUCAGAAAGGAGGCAAGCAUGGAGACUCAGGAUCAACUAGAAAUGCAGAGCCAGAACCAAAGAAGAGACGACGCAAGAGCAGAAGUCACAGGAACAACGUAGACAACACUAACGUGUCAGAGAUUCACCCUAAUACUCAAACAGAGCUCCCACAGCAACAUGUCUGUAAGGAGGAGGAGGUUCUCUCUGACCAGCAGCUCUGUAUUCAGGAGAGGAACUCCAGUCUGGACCAAGAGGACCCAGAGCCUCCACAGGUUAAAGAGGAACAGGAGGAACUGUGCCCCAGUCAGGAGGAAGAGCAGCUUGUACUGAAGCAGGAGACUGAUACCUUUAUGUUGACUCCUACUUAUGAGGAAAGUGACCACAGUGAAGGUCAGACUCUGAACUUCAAUCCUGAUGAUGACUCUCUAAGUGCAGCAGAGAAAGAGUCUGUAGCCAACAUGCCAGUUAUAACCUCUGUGGUAUCAGAAGCAAACAGUGACCACCAGCUCCUCUCUCACAACUCUCAUGAAGCUGAGAGCCAAGAUCAGAAAGGAGACAAGCAUGGAAACUCAGUAUCAACUAGAAAUGCAGAGCCAGAACCAAAGAAGAGACGACGUAAGAGCAGAAGUCACUGCAACAACGUAGACAACACUAACGUGUCAGAGAUUCACCGUACUACUCAAACAGAGCUCCCACAGCAACAUGUCUGUAAGGAGGAGGAGGUUCUCUCUGACCAGCAGCUCUGUAUUCAGGAGAGGAACUCCAGUCUGGACCAAGAGGACCCAGAGCCUCCACAGAUUAACGAGGAACAGGAGGAACUGUGCACCAGUCAGGAGGGAGAGCAGCUUGUACUGAAGCAGGAGACUGAUACCUUUAUGUUGACUCCUACUUAUGAGGAAAGUGACCACAGUGAAGGUCAGACUCUGAACUUCAAUCCUGAUGAUGACUCUCUAAGUGCAGCAGAGAAAGAGUCUGUAGCCAACAUGCCAGUUAUAACCUCUGUGGUAUCAGAAGCAAACAGUGACCACCAGCUCCUCUCUCACAACUCUCAUGAAGCUGAGAGCCAAGAUCAGAAAGGAGACAAGCAUGGAGACUCAGGAUCAACUAGAGAUUCAGAGCCAGAACCAAAGAAGAGACGACGCAAGAGCAGAAGUCACAGCAACAACGUAGACAACACUAACGUGUCAGAGAUUCACCCUAAUACUCAAACAGGUAAAAAGUCUUUCAUAUGUGACACAUGUGGGAAAGACUUUAAGUAUAAUUCAGCAUUGCAGACACACCUGAUAGUCCACACAGAGCUCCCACAGCAACAUGUCUGUAAGGAGGAGGAGGUUCUCUCUGACCAGCAGCUAAACAUGCCAGUUAUAACCUCUGUGGUAUCAGAAGCAAACAGUGACCACCAGCUCCUCUCUCACAACUCUCAUGAAGCUGAGAGCCAAGAUCAGAAAGGAGGCAAGCAUGGAGACUCAGGAUCAACUAGAAAUGCAGAGCCAGAACCAAAGAAGAGACGACGCAAGAGCAGAAGUCACAGCAACAACGUAGACAACACUAACGUGUCAGAGAUUCACCCUAAUACUCAAACAGAUCAGAAAGGAGGCAAGCAUGGAGACUCAGGAUCAACUAGAAAUGCAGAGCCAGAACCAAAGAAGAGACAACGCAAGAACAGAAGCAACCAUUUGAAAAACACUACCUUGUCAGAGAUUCACCGUAAUACUCAAACAGGUGACACAUGUGGGAAAGAUGUAAAGUAUGAUUCAGCAUUUCAGAGACACCUGAGAGUCCACAGAAGUAAGAAGCCAUAUUCCUGCAAAUCAUGUGGAAAAGAUUUUGUAAGUAAAACUCAACUGAAAAUCCACAUGAAAACGUACACAGGUCAUAAGCCAUACAUUUGCAAGACCUGCGGGAAAUUAUUAUGUAGUCGCUCAACACUAAAAAGGCAUAUGAGAAUCCAUACAGGUGAGAAGCCAUAUUCUUGCAAAACAUGUGGGAAAGAUUUUGAACGUAAUGAGGGCCUAAGAGACCAUAUGAGAACCCACACAGGUGAGAAGCCAUAUUUAUGCAAAACAUGUGGAAAAGAUUUCCGACAAAAUAGUGCUUUGUUGGUCCACAUGAGAAUCCACACAGGUGACAAGCCGUAUAUUUGCAAGAUCUGUGAGAAAGGAUUUUUUGAUGUUUCAUCAUUAAAAAGGCAUAUGCGAAUCCAUACAGGUGAGAAGCCAUAUUCUUGUAAAACGUGUGGAAAAGAUUUCAGACAAAGUAGUGCCUUGUUGGUCCACGUUAGAACACACACUGGUGAGAAGCCUUAUGUAUGCAAGACAUGUGGAAAAGACUUUAAACAAAGCUAUGCCUUGUUGGUUCACAUUAGAACCCACACCGGUGAGAAGCCAUAUUCUUGCAAAAGAUGUGGAAAAGAUUUUGGACAAAAUAGUGGCUUGUUGGUGCACAUGAGAACUCACACAGGUGAGAAGCCGUUCGUUUGCAAAAUUUGCAGGGAAAGCUUCUGUGAUGCUUCAGGUUUAAUAAAGCAUAUGCGAACCCAUAAAGGAUAAAAUCCAAGCCAAAAUGCUUAUGUUAUCAAUAGUUAAGUCGUACUGGUUUUCUAACUGCAUUGCGAGUUAUAGGAGCUUAGCUGGUAGCUUCAUGGAGACAGCUAAAGUUAAUGUUCGCUGCCC